CCUGUCAAAAACACUGUCAAUGGUCGCCCUGAAUCGACGUUGCUGGGGGAGUUAUUGAAUAAUUUCUCACCAAGUACCUCCACCACAGUACCUUCACCCUCCUCCUCCCAUCAUGGACCUGUAUGAGGUCUUCACAGGAAGCAGGCUGGAUGUCAUCACUGAGGAGGUGCUGAGUGGAGACGAGGAGCGUGGGGAGGAGCACCAGGAGGAGCUGAAGGAGGAGGAGGUGAACAGGGAUCUCCCUACCAAAGAGGCCUUCGUAGUGGUGUCAGAGAGAACAGAGACUAGAGAGUUGUCCUCUACCUUCCAGCGUUUCUCCACGGAUACCAACGACUCUCUAAGGUUCGAGGCGUAUGUCCCGUCUUCAGAUGAGGAAGGAACCCCAUCACCUGACAGCUCUGUGGACGGACACAAUGACGUGUUUGAGGAGCACAAGGAGUCGGAGGACAAGGUGAAUAACAUCAGGACUAAGCUGGAGGAGAAGGUGGUGGAGAUGGAGAACUUUGCAGGACAUCUAGAAGAGAUCUUCCUCACUGUGGAGGAGAAUUUUGGUCGUCAGGAGCAACACCUGGAGCAGCACUGCAACGAUGUUCUCCAGACGCUGUCCCAUCGUUACGACGAGCGAGCCGCUGCGCUGGGGGAGGAGAAGAAGAGGAAGUUGGAGGCCUUGUACACUCAGCUGCUGGGCUGCGGACGCACUCUGGACGCAUCCAAGGACCUGAUUGAGACCGCCCAGGAACUGUACCGCACCGAGGACAAACGACUCUUUCUACAGGCUGUUAUGCCCACCAUGAAGAGAAUUGAGGAGUUUGCGAAGGAGAAGCCUGACCUGACGCUGAUGACCCCUCUGGAGUUUGACAUGCCCCUCGCUGACCUGUCAGACGUCAAGACCAUGAUGGACUCCAUCAACAUCGUACCAGCCCCCUCUGCCCCGGUCAUCAACCCCCAGGUGUCUAACUCGGCCACGCGGACGUCUCUGCGUGUGUGCUGGAGCCUGUUCUCAGACGACUCUGUGGAAUACUACGAGCUCUACUACAGACCUGUCCUGGAGGACACGCCGGCUGUAGACAGCACCAAGGGGCCUGACGUGUCUAAUGUGAAGGUAAAGGAAACCCACUGUAGUGUAGGAGAGCUGCUGCCUAACGUGCAGUAUGAGUUCUGGGUCACAGCUACCAAUACGACAGGCAUCAGCCCUGCCAGUGAGAAGGCUGUCUACGUGACAGUCCCAUCUCCACCAGUCAUCAGACAGAGGGAGUGUAGCAGUUGUCCGGAAGCCGCUCUGAUUCGCUGGGAGUCAGGAAACACCAACCCAGUCGACUCCUACACCGUAGAGCUGAUUGAGACAGGCACUGAUGGACAGAGUGGGGUCACUGAGUCCAUCGUGGCUGUUCCUACCUGUGAGAGUCUGAUCCAGCUGGAGUCAGGAAGACAGUACCUCAUCUACGUCAGAGCUGUCAACAUCGGAGGACCCAGUGACAGGAGCCAGGCUUUUACCGUCUCUACUACAGGAACCAUCUUCCACCUGCUGCAGGACACAGCCCAUCCCUGCCUGUCCAUCUCUGAGGACGGCUUCUCCAUGUUCUACGGAGACGAGGAGCUCCCGCUCUCUGCCAUGACCUUCGACGACAACACCUUUGCCAGGUGUGUAGCUGUGUUAGGGGACCUGAUCCCUGUGAGAGGCAGACAUUACUGGGAGGUGGAACUGGACGAGGACACAGAGUACAGGAUUGGAGUUGCCUAUGAAGAUACGCAGAGAAACUCCUACCUGGGAGGAGCCAAUACAUCCUGGUGCAUGAGACAUGUCCUCACUCCCUCCAGACACAAGUACGAGUUCCUCCACAGUGGCUGGAGCCCAGACAUCCGGAUAACGGUGAACCCUGUGAGGAUAGGGCUCAGUCUGAACUAUGAGAGAGGGAUCCUGUCCUUCUUCAACGUAGAGCUGGAACAACACCUCUACACCUUCUACUGUAGCUUCCAACGCUAUGUUCAUCCCUGCUUCGCUCUGGACAACCCCGGUGCGCUCACUGUUCGCACUGGGCUAGAGGCACCGGGGUACGUCCACUUGGUCUGAGUUUACCUACCAUGAUGUACAGGUGUUUCCAUGGUAACGUCUUUACCUACCAUGAUGUACAGGUGUGUCCAUGGUAACGUCUUUACCUACCAUGAUGUACAGGUGUGUCCAUGGUAACGUCUUUACCUACCAUGAUGUACAGGUGUAUCCAUGGUAAUGUCUUUACCUACCACGAUGUACAGGUGUGUCCAUGGAAACGUGUCUGUUGUCUGUUAUUCUAACCCUCUGGACAACACUGCAUGGUAGAGCACAAUUAUACUACAAAAACAUGUUUAUGACCCCUUUGUGUAAGUGGGUUAACAACCAUAUCUGAAUAAAAACCAUGUAUAUCAGUGGUUUAGACCGGGGUUUGAUUGACUAGCACAACACUGUUCCAGAGUAACAUGACGAAACCCUGGACUGGACUACCACAACACUGUUACAGACUAACAUGAUGAAACCCUGGACUGGACUACCACAACACUGUUACAGACUGAUGAAACCCUGGACUGGACUACUACAACACUGUUACAGACUAACAUGAUGAAACCCUGGACUGGACUACCACAACA